AUGGGUAUUCCAGCUGCGGAGCUCACAGGAUACCCAUCCACAUGGAAAGGAAUGGGUUUUGGCAACGACGGCUGCAUCCAAGUAUUGGACUUGAUAAAGCGAAACGUUAACGGAAGGCUUGAUCCUCUCUCAGAUCUCACGAGCCUGCAGGUGCUGUAUUUGUCCGAGACCAAGGUGACCGGCGGACUGGAGCCGCUGCGGCAGAUGGAGCAUCUGCAGAAAUUGGGGCUGGAAGGAACGCAGGUGGAAGGUAGCCUGGAGCCCCUAGCUGGCCUUACAGGGUUGCAGCUCUUAUAUCUGAAAGGCACGAAGAUCAGCGGGGGAUUGCAGCCCUUGCGGCAGUUGAGGCAACUGCGGCAGUUGUGGUUGCACAACACGUUGGUGGGCGGUAGCUUGGAUGCCCUCGCGAAUCUCACAAGCUUGCAGGUCCUGUAUUUGUCCGAGACCAAAGUGACCGGCAGACUGGAGCCGUUGCGGCAGAUGGAGCAGUUGCAGAAAUUAGGACUGGAAGGGACGCAGGUGGAGGGUAGCCUGGAGCCCCUAGCUGGCCUUACAAGGUUGCAGCUCUUAUACUUGAGAGGCACGAAGAUCGCUGGGGGCUUGCAGCCUUUGAGAUACAUGAAGCAACUCCGGCAGUUGUGGUUGCAAAGAACGCUGGUGGGCGAUAACCUGGAGGCCUUCACGAAUCUGACAAACCUGCAGGUGCUGCAUUUGUCUGACACAAAAGUAUCCGGCGGACUGGAGCCGCUGCGUCAGAUGGAACAGUUGCAGAAGUUGGGGCUGCGACGGACGCUGGUGGGCGGUAGCCUGGAGCCCCUAGCUGGUCUUACAAGUUUGCGGCUCCUACACCUGAGAAACACGAAGAUUACCGGGGGGUUGCAGCCCUUGAGACACAUGAAACAGCUACGGGAAUUGCACUUGCAAAGAACCCUGGUGAGCGGUAACCUGGAGGCCUUCACGAAUCUCACAAACAUGAGGGAGCUGUAUCUGUUCAACACGACAGUCACCGGUGGACUGGAGCCGCUACGGCAGAUGGAACAACUGCAGAUAUUGUUGCUUGGACGGACGCAGGUGGGCGGUGACCUGGAGCCCUUCACGAAUCUCACAAAACUGCGGGACUUGGAUCUGUCCCUCACGAAAGUCUCCGGUGGUCUGGCACCAUUGCGACAAAUGCUCAAACUGGAGGAAUUGCAAAGUCUGCAGCUCUUAAAGUUGAAAGACACGAAGAUCACUGGGGGUUUGGGGCCCUUGGGGCACAUGAAGCAGUUAGAAGAGUUGGUGCUGGACAACACUCUGGUAAGCGGUAGCCUGGAGCCCUUAUCGGAUCUCAAAAGAAUGCGAGAGCUGUAUCUGUUCGACACGAGAGUCACUGGCGGACUGGAGGCAUUGCGGCAGAUGCAGCAGCUAGAGAGAUUGCAGCUGGACUGGACGCAGGUGGAUGGCAGUAUCGAAUCACUGUCUGCCUUAACAAAGCUACAGCUGCUGUACCUUCGGCGCAGCCGCGUGGAAGGCGAUUUGAGCAAGUUGACCAUGUUGACAGACCUCAGACAGGCCGACCUGAGCCAUACCCGUAUCCACGGGCGCUUGACUGCCUCAUGGAGAGGUCGGCUCUUGGAGCUGCGCACGCUGGGAAGCCGGGUGAACUUCCUUCCAGUCGGACGUGACCUGGACGAUCUUGGCAAGAAUUUCUCCACUAGCGAGACAGGGCAAGUUCUUCCAGCUCUCGUGCACUUAGAUGUUUCGCACUGCCCACUUGAUGGCGAAGUGCAGCACCUGUUAGAACCACUGAUGUUUUCAGGGCGUUUGGCCCAGCUCAGAGCAAAUGCGGCCAACCUGUCUGGAGAACUGUUGGACAACGACUGGCUUCGAUCCAUUUCUGUAGACGGUACUAAGUACUUGUCCUACGCUCCGAUCCCUUUGGAGACAUCCUUGCAGGCUGUGGAGCUAGAGAGCAAUAACAUCCAUCACAUUGCCGGCUUCACUGCCAAAGUGUACGUAUCUCUUGCCAAUGGUUCUAGCCUAUCCGUGGACAAGGAAGCUCUGCAGAGAGCCGUGAAACUCAAUUUGCAAGUCGACCUCACGGCCACACGCGUAACAAACAGCAAGGCGGUCGCAGAGCUCUUCACAGACGGGGCUCUUAAACCAACCGAGCAGCUCACCCAAAAUAAUCGUUUGAAAGGCUUCUCCUGCCGCGACAUCACGUCCACGUCGCUGAGGGUGUCCCCACCAUUGUUUUGGCCACAGGGCCUCUGUGCCUGCAAUGAAGGGUUUCAAGGAAGCGGCACGCAGUGCCGCAAGUGCGAGCGAGGCCGCUACAACCAGGACUUUGACGGCAGCUGCAAGCCUUGCCCUGGCAACAGCACCACAGCGGAAGCAGG